AUGCCGUGGGAGGCCGUCGGUUUUUGUCGCAAUAUAUGGACCAAAAUCCUUUGUACCGUCGAGCAUGACACCAGCGUCGCACAAAGAAGCGCCAUGAAUCCAUCUUCGUUUGACACGCCAGUGAGCGACAGCUCGUACAGCAGUCACAGCGAUUUCUCUAGCUGUGAUGACCAACAGCCUGUUGUGACGUCCGGCCCCCAGUACUCCAACGUCAUGCUGAAUGCUUGGCCUCCGGGGCCAAUCCAGACUGGACAAACGGUGAUGCCCUCCGUUAAAGGGGACGGCCCAGAGUGGCACGAAUAUUACAGCAGCUUUGUCCCGAAUCUUCGUGAUGGGGGUAUCGCGAUUGCCGAACCUACGGAUCAUCCUCGGGAAGCGGGCAUGCCCCCAGGGUCCACGUCUGGCGCGGUGGCACAGGGGCAGCCCGCGGUUCCCACCGUGGAGACUCGAAGGGUGCAAGUAACAGAGCGCCACAUGGCUGAUCUGGAGGCAAAGGCCGAUGAAGACCAUUUUAAGUCCUUCACGGAUGAGCUUGAGAAAAGUGUCAGGGUGGCUCUUGCCCUCAACCCUCAGACUGGAAUCCACGAUGAUGCAGAACGGAAGCUCCUCACAGCCUACUUGGCUAAUCCGGACAGCGUCAAUGAGGCUUCAUUCCGUGUUGCUUGCUGUAGUGCAGGUUUAGGUGGCGGCGACCUCGAAACUUUUAACCACUUGAUCACAUUCACGCAUCAAAUCUCUGCCUCACUCAAACACAUUGCGCUUUACAUACAGACGUGCUUGCAAGGCGAUGCCGAUCCGAAUAUUCCGAGUUCGGGCGACCUGCGGAAGAUGCUCCUAUUCAUUCGACUCAUUCUUCCUUCAAUCAACGAGCUAAGACUCCGCACAGCUCCAGUCGAAGGAUGGAACCCUACCUCAGGCUUUUUCUAUGGUCAGUAG